AUGGAGGUGGACAGUGGAAGUGAAACUUUGAGAAAGAUCGCAGCAGGCGGUUCAGUCGAAGAAGGCACAUGGCCAACCGUCCGCGCCGACAUCAUCGCGCGACUAAACAAGAUUGUGCGCAAUGAUUUCCCCAUACCAAACCUUCCGCCACCGACCCCUGCACCCCCGACACUAGAUAACAGCCUGCUCUCGCCGGUACCCUCAUCACCAACAGAACACACCGCGUCUCACGAGGCGGACAAGGAGAACAACGCUGCCUACAAACCAGCCGAUCCAAGCUCGCUCGCCCCGGGUGAGCUGCCAAAACAGGUCCUUGACGCGUUGGGCGACAUCAAGACGCACCUCGAGACGUUCGCGGAUCAUGCGCCGCACACGAUCCAGCGGCUGGGGGAACUCAUAUUGGAACCCAGGGCGCACUACAGGGCUCUGACGUCGUAUCUGCAUGCCGUCGACCGAGUAGCCCGAGUUACCUCCAGUACCAACGUAUACCCGCUGCCGCCAGCCAUUCCGGACAUGUCGACCAUGGGGUUAAACGGCGACGAGAAAGAUCCUGCUUCGUCCGUAUCGUGGAGCAACCCCGCGGUCGCGACGCUGGGAACAGACGAGGCUCUGGGAGGCGCCCUGCUGACUCCUAUCCCGUGGCUGACGAGACGGAGUCCCGAGGGCAACGGAGACGCACCCGCAUCGGCAGGAGCACAGAUCCACAGCGAGAGCACAGAAACAAUCGAGGGGCCAAACGGCAUGGGCAGGAUCGAAACCGUCUCAGUCAGUGUCAACGGCAUCCCGUCCACAGGACACGCGCGCGGCGUCACGCAGGGCGAACUCCUCCGCCAGGAACAGCGUGCCGGUGUCGUCCCCGUCAGUCAAUUGAAUAGAAACCAAGAGUCAUUGAACGAAGACAACAAGGACAUGGACACUGAAGAGGACGGCGUACCCCACGCACGCGGGCCAGAAGAGAUUGGCGUGGGUGACACGGGCCCGCAGGGAGUGACGACCAGCUACAUAGGGGAAGACGGCGUCUUGAUGCAGGGAAUCGACGUGGAAGCCGCCGUCGGUCGAAAGCAAGACGAUGACUACGAGCACGGCCAGCAAUAUACCAGGUCCAGGGACGACGACGCAGGCAGCACGUCAAGCACCGAAAGCGCGGGCACAAAACGCGAGGCAGAGCAUGAACUAGAAAGCGAGCCGGCCAAGAAGGUCAAAGAGGACAACUGUGAUUCGCAAGACGUGGUGCUAGAGGAGGCCUCGGCCGAGGCCGCGGAAGAAGCUACCAGAUUAGAGGCCGCCGAUCCGGUAGUAGAAGAAAAUGCCCCAGCGGGUUCAGAAGCGGAAAAGGAAAGUAAGGAAUCAGAAGAUGCGUCGAGUAUCAAGGCAGAGGCAAGUGCCUAG